AUGGUUACAUCGUCGACACAAGAUGAGGAAGAUACGGACUAUUUACGAAAUACUAUAGAAGAAGAUGGAUUGUUAUUACUCGAAUGUACUCUAAAUAUGUUUGAUAUAAAUAUGAGUAAUGAUGUGUUUUGUAAAAUUAUUGAGAAUAUACAUAUAUCAUUAGAUAAUUUACAAAAGUUAAAUAAAUAUUAUGAAUUUCUUUUUAGAUAUAUUGGAUUAGAUGAUGUAUAUCGAGACACAAGUUAUAUAUUUUUUAAUUUAUUAAUGAAAAUUAUAGAAAAGGUAAAUGAAAUUGAUAUUAUAUAUUUUUGUAUAAAACAUGAUUUCCAUAAAUGUAUAUUUGAUGUAUUGUCAUCAAAUUAUUAUAUAGAUUUAUUUUUAUUUGAAAUGAAAAAUAAUAUAUAUGAAUCAUUAUUUGAAUUAUUGAAUAUACUUAUGGAAAAUAUUGAUAUAAUUAAAAAUGAAGAUAUAUCUUUUGAUUCACAAACAUUAUAUAAUAAAUUUGUAACAUGUGAAUUAAAAUAUAUUAAUAAAGAUCAAUUGAAUCAAAUCACUUUAUAUAUAUGUCAAAAUAAAAAUAAUUAUCUUAAUUUAUUAAAAACAUUACACAUUUUUUGUUUAAAUAUAACAGAAAAUAUUUAUAAAAAUAUUUCCUCUCAUAAUAUUGAUGAAUACUAUUCAGGAUAUGAUACUAAUCAAUUUAUUUUUAUUAAAAAAUUCAUAUGGGACAAAAUUAAAACGUGUGAACAAAAAAAAAAUCAAAUUUUCCGACAUAACGAAAAAUACAUGAACAUUUUUGAUGAUCAAUGUAACCAUAUAAAUGAUAAUUUAUCACAAAAUUUUGAAAAUAUAAAUGCAAACUAUUCAUAUCAAUAUUGCAAUAAAAAAGAAUAUAUUCAAUAUGAUGAUCUUUCUGAUAAUUCAACCAUAACAUGUUCGGAUAAAAAACAAGUUAGUGAAACCACCUUAACAAGUCAGGUAAAAAAUGUGGAGAAUUUUUUGUAUUUAUAUAAUUUUGAAGAAAUUAUAGUUUUAAUGAAAAGAAAAAAAAGUACUAACAUUGAAGAAAACAUGAUACAGAAAGGAAAUGAUAAUAAGGAUGGUAAUAUGAAAGAUAAAAAGAAUGAUGGUAUGAAUGAUAAAAAGAAUGAUGAUAUGAAUGACAAAAAGAAUGAUGAUAUGAAUGAUAAUAUGAAUGAUAAUAUGAAUGAUAAUAUGAAUGAUAAUAUGAAUGAUAAUAUGAAUGAUCAUAUAUAUAGUAAUGACGAUGGUCAAAUUCCAAAAAAAAGUAUUGCAAAAAAUUCACAAGAAAUAUGUGCCUAUAAAAUUAAAUAUUUUUACAUUAAUAUACAUUUAUUAAAAACUGUUGUGUGCAUUUUCUUGAAAGCACAGAAAGUUUCACAAUAUAUGGAUGAAAAUGUUUGUAAAAAAUUAAUUUAUUUUUUUAAUGAUACAUUAAAUGAUAUAAUGGAAUAUUUUUAUAAAGAAAAAAAGAAUCAAAAUAAAAAAAAAGAUGAAAUUGAUGAUGUAUAUAUUUUUUUCUUUUUAUUUGUAGACAUAUUUUAUAAUGAUAUAUUAAAAACGUAUAAUAAAUUAAUAUUAUAUUAUAACAAAAAUAUUGAAAAAGCUCCAAAAGAAACCAUGUUGUUUUAUAAAACCUUUAAUAAAAUGAUCGAUCAUAUAUGUGUAUAUAUAUAUAAUAAUAAAAUGUUUAAAGAAAUAUGCAGUGAACACCUUAGUAGUAUUAACGAAGAAAAUUCUGAAAAAAAAAAAAUAAAUAAACCAUUUAUGUUAUAUACAGAACAAAAAGGACAGUCAUUUUUUAAUUAUUUUGAAAAUGUAACAUAUUAUAUGUUAUUUUAUUUAUUCUAUAUCAUAUUAGAAGAAACAAAUAAAAUGAAUAAUGAAAUAUUCCUUUUUUUUGUAUGGCAACGUAUGAAUAACGAACAUGUAGAAGAAAAAGAAGAAGAUAAAGAUGAACAUAAAUAUGAACAUAAAUAUGAACACAAAGAUAAAGAUGAACAUAAAUAUGAACAUAAAUAUGAACAUAAAGAUAAAGACGAACAUAAAGAUAAAGACGAACAUAAAGAUAAAGACGAACAUAAAGAUAAAGACGAACAUAAAGAUAAAGACGAACAUAAAGAUAAAGACGAACAUAAAGAUAAAGAAGGAGAGAGGGAAUUAUAUGACAAUUUAGUAAAAACUCAAAGUCAUGAAAAUAAUUUUGCAUAUUCAAAAAAUUACACAAAUAAUUUUAUAUUACAAAAACUCGAGAUGGAUCAUAUAUUUUUAUAUUCUUAUAGAAAAGAAAUGAAAAAUAAAAGUAUAAAUCGAAUUAUAACUAUAUAUAUAUUUCUUCAAAAGAAGAUAAACAAAUUUUUUUCAUUUUUUAAAUAUAUUUUUUCUUACAUAUAUGAUGAUGUAGUUAAAAAGAAACAUAAAAAGGAAAACACGUAUACGAAUCCAUUUUUAAAUACCUUUUUAAUUAUUUUGAAAAAUAUAAAAUAUAUAAUAAUGGAUAUGUUUAUAAAAUAUAUCGAUAUGUUAUUAAUAUAUAAAUAUUAUUUCAAAAAAGUAAAUAAUAAGGAUGAAAAUAAUGUUCCAUAUUAUGAUGAAUUCAUAUUGUAUAUGAAAUCUGCACAAAAUAUUUUGUUUACCAUCCUCCCCUUUUCAUCUAAUAACAUAAUAACAAAAUUGAGCGCAUAUUAUACAAAUAAAUGCAAGUUAUUCAAAUAUAAUAUGAGAAGAAACCAUUUUGUAUCCUUCAAUAUAUCAUUGUAUGCUUUAGGAAACAAAAAAAGUGGUUCUGACAAAUAUUAUUUAAACAGUGUUUGUGCUAAUAAUUAUGAAGACAUAUAUUUUGAUGUAAAGAAUGAUCUACAAAAUAAUGGUGAUAAUAAAAACAAUCAAACUAUGAAUAAUAUAGACAAAACGUGCAAUGGAGAUAAUAUAUUCAAAAUGAAUAGUUUGAAGAAUAUAAAUAAUGUGGACAAUUUUAAUAUUGAUGCUGAUGAUAUUUUCCAUCUUACGAAGGAUAUGAACAUACCAAAUAUAUUUUCUUUUGAGCAGAAAAUAGAAGAUACAAAUAUAAAAUUAGGAACAUGUGAAGAUUUUCUUAAUGAGGAAUAUAGCAAAAGUUUGAGUAAUAGUAUAUCAUGUGAUAAGAAUGAUGAUGAAAAAAAUAAAAUGUUUAAUGAGAAACAUAUAAUUUUUUUGAAUGUGAUGAGUAUUAUUUUAUUAAAUAUUAUGGAAGAAUGUGUUAAUAACAAAUAUAAAUAUGUUUGUUUUACAAAUAGUUAUGUACAUAUAGAAAUGAUAAAAAUAUUAAAUAUUGUUCAUAUUAGUAGUUACAGUUAUAAUCAUAUGAAUAUAUAUAGGAAUGAAAAUACUGAUAGUUUAUAUGAUUUAGAUAAUAUUAUAAAUGUAGAUGAAAAGAAUAAUGUUCUGGAUGUAUUUUUUUCUUUCCCUUAUGAAAUAUUAUGUCGUAUAAUAAUUAUACAAUUAAAAUUUUUUUCAAACAAAAUAUUAAAUAAUUAUAAUAUAUUUACUGUAUUAGUUCAGUAUAUUUUUUAUAUUAGUUCGGAGCUGAAUCCUUUUUUUUUUUAUAUAUCCAGAUAUAUGUGGGACAUGUUAUCUUUUUAUAUGAAUAAAGAAAAUGAUAUGUAUAGUAUAUCAUGUUUAAUAAAUAUUAUAUUUUAUUUAAUUUCGAAGAAGGGUGUCACAAUAAAUCGUUAUAAUAAUAAUUAUGAGAAUGGGAAAAUGAUUUGUAGUACCGUUAACUUUGGUGAUUUUAGUUCAUUUAAGAAAGAACGAGAUGAUAAAUUUAUUGACUAUAAAAUAAAAAGUAAUAAUAAACAAUUUUUAUUAUAUUCCUUUUUAAAAAAACAAUUUUUUUUGAAUAAAAGCGGGAAAAAUUAUAUAUACUUUCUAGGUUUGUUUUUAAAAAAUAUAACCUCUUGUGAUUUAAUACAAACGAUAAUGAAGAUUUUUAUUUAUAAAUAUCAUAUGAAUCUACAGUAUACGUUAAAUAUAUUAUUAUUAUAUUUAAAUGCCUUUGAGAAAAAGGUAGAGAAGCAUGAAAAUAAUAGACUGAAGAAAGAUAAAAUUGGAAAAGAAGACGAUAUAAAUGAAGAAAAAAAUAUUAAAAGCAAUGUAGAAAUAAAACAAUUUGAUAAUUAUGAUAUGAUGGGAAAUCAAGCAUUUUAUGAAUCCGAAUUAAACACAAAUUAUAAUGAUGAUGAUGAUAAUAAUGAUGAUAAUAUGAAAAAUGUAAAUACUAACAUGUUAAUACAAAAAGGAAUUAAUCGAAAAAAUGAUAUAGAUUAUAAAGAUGAUAUUGAUGAAAAUAAAAUAAUAUCACUAUAUAUAUAUUUUGAUAUAAUAAAUAUAUUUCCUCCUAAUUUUUUUGAGAUUAUUAAUGAAAUAAAUUUAAUAAAGGAUAUACAGAAUAUCUUUAAUUUAUUAAUAUAUUUACAUGAGGAAUAUAUAUUACUUGAGAAAAGAAAUAUGAAAUAUAAAUAUUCUAAAAUUUUUGAAAAGAUAAAAAAACAGAAUAUAAACGAUUAUCCAUUGUAUUAUUAUAAUAGUGCAAAGAUGUAUUUUCCUUUAAUUAUAUCUUCUUUAAUAUCUCAUUCUUUUUUUUUUAUUAUGAAGCAGUAUUCGUAUUUUAUAUUACCUAAAUUUCAUAUAAUAAAUUUUUAUGAAACAUUUUUUAGUAAUAAAUAUUUAUAUACAUUAUGCGAUAAUUAUGUGUAUGUUAAAAUAUUGAACGAAUCAUUUAUAAUAUGCAUGAAUAUAUUAAAGAUAAAAAAUGAUCAACAUGAGGAAACGCAUGGUAAUUAUAAUAAUAUGAAAGGGGAUAAAGAAAAUUUGAUUAAUGAGGAUAAAAUAUAUGAGUAUAGAAAUAUAUCAAAUGACAAUAAAACAUUAAUAAGUUAUAAUAAUAAUAAUAAUAAUAAUAAUAAUAAUUUUGAUAAAACUUCAGAGUGUGUUACACCUACAUGUGAGGAGAAGAAACAAAGAAAUGUUUUAUAUAAUGAUAUGAAUAGAAUAGAUUUCAAUAUAAUAUCAUGUCUUUUUAAAGUUUAUAUAAUAUUUCUUAAAGAUUAUAGUUCUUUUUUUCUCUCUUCUAUAAUGACUUUAUUAAAAAAUAAUAUAAUUUUAUUAAAAGAUAUAUAUUUUAUGGAUAUAUAUAAAACAAUAUAUACUUAUAUACAAAAGGAUGAAAAAAAAUAUUCUAACUUAUUUAAAUAUUUAAUUUCUUCAAUUUUUCAAUAUUUUUUUUUUCUUAACAACAACGAUAGUAAUAUGUUAAUAGAUAAAUAUGAUGAUCCCAAAAAUAUUAUUUUAAGACAUAUGAAAGAAAAUAUGAUAAUAAUAUAUAAAAGGAAUUUAUUCCUAAAUAUUUUUCUUCGAAAUAUAUUAUCUUCUUCAUAUUUAUUAUCAUCUCCAUUUUAUUUUAAAAACCAAAUUCAAAACUUUUUACAAAUUAUUUCAAGCAAACAAAAAUGCUCUGAUCAUUUUAAAAGCUUAUCAAAAUAUUUUCUUCUAAAUCUUUAG